GGAUUUGCACUGGUCAUCUGCAGGAAGCAACGCUGGGAUGCGGUUGCAGCUGGGUAGACGAUGCUGCUGACGAUACUUCUGAGUGAUAAGGGUUCUGUGACGUCAAAGCUAAGUCAAGUAACUAACCUCCCUACAUUCAACCCUCCUUUCUCCUCAACUGAAAUAGUAAAAGGAUUUUAUCAAAUGUGCAUUUAAGGGCAAAUUAAUUUUAACCCUCAAAAUGGGUGGAUUAGGCGAAUUCGGUUUCUUAAGAUGGUUACGGGAAGAAAGACAAUCGAGGAGGUUAAUUCUGUUGAUCGUCUUCAUCGCUUUGCUACUGGAUAAUAUGCUGCUUACGGUAGUCGUUCCCAUCAUCCCUAGUUACCUGUACACGGCAGCUAAAGAGGGAAUGGCUGUGAAGAACCACACACCUUCCCUGGACUACUCCCCAAGCAGCUUUCAGACCAUCAUGUCACUCUACGACAAUUCCACCAGGGUAACUGGAGGCACAGUGCAGGGGCUGUCUGGUCAAGUGGUCGCCACUGCACCUGUCACCUUUGACAAUGACACAGAAGAAAACUGCCAUAGGGAUGACAAGACGCUGCUCAAUGAGAAUGUCAAAGUGGGACUGCUGUUUGCCUCCAAAGCCACUGUGCAGCUGAUCACCAACCCAUUCAUUGGGCCGCUGACCAAUCGAAUAGGAUACCAGAUUCCCUUGUUUGCUGGGUUUUGCAUCAUGUUCAUUUCCACCAUUAUGUUUGCUUUCUCGAAAAGCUACACUCUGCUGUUUUUCGCUCGAUCUCUGCAAGGUGUCGGAUCAUCCUGCUCCUCUGUUGCUGGGAUGGGGAUGCUGGCCAGUGUGUACACUGAUGAUGAGGAGAGAGGAAACGCCAUUGGAAUAGCUCUGGGUGGACUUGCAAUGGGCGUGCUGGUUGGACCUCCUUUUGGAAGUGUAAUGUAUGAAUUUGUUGGGAAGACGGCUCCCUUCCUCAUCUUGGCAGUGCUCGCUGUCCUGGAUGGAGCCCUUCAACUUUUUGUGUUUCAGCCCUCGAAAGUGCAACCAGAGAGCCAGAAGGGAACCUCGCUGCUGACCCUCAUGCAGGAUCCUUAUAUUCUCAUUGCUGCAGGGUCCAUUUGCUUUGCAAACAUGGCGAUCGCCAUGCUGGAACCCGCACUGCCAAUCUGGAUGAUGGAGACUAUGUGUUCCCCAAAAUGGCAGCUAGGCGUUGCAUUUGUGCCUGCCAGUGUCUCCUACCUUAUUGGAACCAACAUAUUUGGUGUUCUUGCACACAAAAUGGGAAGAUGGCUGUGUGCUCUCAUAGGGAUGCUUCUCGUGGGGAUUAGCAUUCUCUGUGUACCAUUUGCUAAAAGCAUUUACGGACUGAUAAUACCCAAUUUUGGUGUUGGUUUUGCCAUCGGCAUGGUGGACUCCUCUAUGAUGCCGAUAAUGGGUUACCUCGUCGACCUUCGUCACGUGUCUGUGUAUGGAAGCGUGUACGCCAUCGCGGAUGUCGCUUUCUGCAUGGGCUUUGCUCUAGGUCCAUCGACUGGGGGUGCCAUCGCCCGAAGUAUUGGGUUCCCCUGGCUAAUGACCAUCAUUGGCAUCGUGGAUAUCCUGUUUGCCCCUCUCUGCUUUUUCCUCAGGAACCCACCUGCUAAGGAAGAGAAAAUGGCAAUUCUAAUGAACCAUGACUGUCCAAUGAAGACGCGAAUGUACACAACGCAGGACCCACAGCACUAUCAGAUGGGAGAGGAGAUGGAGACGGAAAGUGAUGAGUAGCCACGGAAAGCACACAUGUAUGUGACCUUUUACAGAAAAAAGAGCCAUUUGUGUGUGACCAUUCCCCCCCAGCUCCUCUUACUGUUCCAUGUUACUGUAGUAUUCCACCUAAUCAGACCAAAGCUGUUUGUCCUUGUCCAUUGUGACAUGCAUACAUAAUUACAGAUGUCAAGAUAGUGGAAACCUGAAUUCCCUCUCAGGGUGAAGUGCUGUGUGAUGCCGCAUGUGUCUCUGGCCACAGAAACUCUAAAGGUUGCGCUUUGGUUAACUGGUAAUGAAAUCCGUGAUAUUUCCAAAAUAACUGUUUAAGUAAGAACAAAGCAUACUUGCCUGUGUGUUUAGCAUUGAUGUUGCUUUCGAAAUGAUGAUAUUUGAAUCUGGCACUUUAAAGACAUUCAGUGAAGGCUCUGUGCAGUUACUAUGCUUUUUGGUAAAAUUAGAUUUGGUAAUGCCAGUAGGUUUUCCGCUUUGUUGGCAUAGAACACUGAUUUUUUUCCACUGCAUAAAGCAGGUGUUGUCAAAAUCAAAUGUUAUCCUGUGCAGUUAAAUGGUGCCCAAUUUUAACGUAAAAUGUUCUUGUCUUUAUUACAUGUUUAAAGAGACAUAUGGCUAUUUGCUCACCUUGAAAUGGGCCUUAAACAUUUAACUUGUUUGCGCAAUCAGGGGAAAAUUUUAAAAAAAGGAUUUAUCUUCUUGGUGUGCAAUCAUUAAAAUCUAUUUUGUUGGGAGAAAUAUUUUGUUAAAUCACAUCAUAUUUACUGCUGCUGCGAGGUUGGGGUUCAUCUUCAAAAUGAAAUUUGUAAAGAAAGAAAUUCUUGUGUUUCUUUACAAAUUUGCUGUUGAAUUUCCAUCUGCGUCUGCCCCCACAUUAGUAGGUACUGGUCUUCUGCCUCCCCCCACAAAUACACCUGGUGGGAAGUAAACAUUUAUCCAACAACAAGCAGCAUUUUAGCAUGCAUGUGUAAUAACACAGAGCACACACUCAAGCAAGUUUGCUUCAUUGCUGGAAAUAAAUUACACUGGUCAACAAAAACUGUGUCACAAAAGAGCUAAGGGGCAUUUUUAUGUACUUGUUUAUACGGAUUUCAGAAAAGCACUCAAUGUUUCUACCACCCGUAGUUUUUGAGUGACGUUCUUUAGGCUGUAUCAAAAGUAUAUAAUUCCUUAAGAAUGUUAAUGUUUGCUGUAGUGUAUAGACUAGCACGUUUGGAUCUGUUCAGACAGGAUCCUGCUCUCUGUCAGAACCCCAGCUUCCCUCCAGUUCAGAGAACCUUAAGAGGGAUAUUCCUGAGGCCACGUACAGCAGAAGAUCAUACAAUUCCACCAUGGACAUGUACGUAUUUGACAGCGUUUGACAUCCUUGUCAAAAGGGAUAAAAAAAAUUCGUUGACCGGUGUUAUUUGACUGGACCAAUUUUACAAACAAGAAAACUGUGACCCAGAAUUUUUGACCAUUUAAACAGACAGAUUACUUUCCAGUCUUUUACAUUUAUAUGUAGGUCACGUGUGCUUUUGCACGCGGAGUAAAAGGUUGCAUUUCUUCAUUAUCUUAUUUGCUGACCCUGAUUCAAAGGUAUCGUGAAGUGCAAUACUGCGUCAUAUUGCAUUGAUUAAAAUGUCAAUACUCACUUCUGAGGUACAUAAACGCGUCUGACCAGCAGACACCUGCUCCCUUGAUAUUGAUCUAGAAGCAGAGCAUCAUACACAUUUCUCCCAUGAGUCAAUAGUCCUGGCAAAAGCAUUUUCCCUACUAAUAAUUAAAGACUGAGAUAUCGUAACACAUUUGUGCUCGUGGCUCUUGGUUCCGAAAUGAGUAGUUUCCUAAUGCUUAAUUAACCAGGCUAUUUAAGUCUGUAUAGUACAAAAGGCAGGGCAGAUCCCACCCCCCACCCAGGUCAGGUGUGUUUACAUGCAGCACACCUGGCUUGUGUGAUAGACACAUAAGCUUUUACAUCGCCAUUUAACACAUUUUUCUCUCAGAUAUCGAGAGUCCUUUCCCUGUUCAAUUUUAGCAUAGCAGAAGUGAAAAUAUUGAUUCCACUCUUGGGCAAGAGCCCUGAGAAAUAACAGGAACAGUGAAGUAUCCAAAGGACAUUUAAAAGCAACCACCCAUGAUUGCACUUUAGCAUUUACUGUAACUGGUGUUAAUGACAGGUCCACAGUUAUUGCUAUGUACCCAUCAUAAUGACAAAAUGGAUGUGUAUCACUAUCGGGUGACCAUUUGUCAUACAUCAAAAAAAAAGAGAAAAAAAGCAGAUCAAUACUAAAACCCUACUUUAAUAGAGUCCCUAAUGACCUCUACUGAAACCUAUUUGAAAGUUUAUGAAAGCUCAGUCAAAAUGGCUGCCGUAAUCCUGUAAUUUGUACGCGUGGUUAGAAUCUUGUUUUCGUUACACAAUCAUUGUCUUCUGGAGAUUAGCAUAUAUUUUAGAGUUUGUUGUUUGGUAAAAGAAAUUUAGCACACAUAUAAAAAUUAAAUGGAUGUGUAAAUGUGUGUGUGCCUUCUAAUCUGUAAGUCCUUGGUUUGUAUUUGUACUACAUGAAAUAUUAAGUGACCUGUACAAAAAGACAUGUGAAAUUGUACUUUAAACCAGGAAACUGGUUAAUUCAAAAGGUGUAACGGUGUGCUUGUAUUCUGUAUAUUAAUAUUUAAUACAGGGGAAUGCAGCAAUGUUGUACAACUAUAUGUCAUUUGUGUGAAAUGUUUAGAAAAGUAAUUGGA